UGAGCGGUUCCCUGUUAAAGCUUGAGGAACAUGGGCACAGUUAGCUAGUUAGGAUAACGCUAAACGUUUAAAAUACGUAUAUAUCAAAGUAAAUUACACCUAACGUAUCGCUAUUUGCAAACAGGGAGUUCAACAGAAUGACUGAUGAAUUUGGGAGUCAGGAGGUCCGCUCCAGUGGUGAACUGUGGACUGAAAUCUGCUGCAACUUGCCAGAGGUAAAAGGCCAGACCACUCCAGAAAACCAUGACUUUAGAGACUCCUUCCAACCAGCGGCACAAGUCGGUCUGCAGGCAAACGGAAAGUUGCAUGAGACAACUACUAGUCCCCCCAGUACCAAAUGGGAACCAAUGGAGGAUUCUGAGAUCUACAUUGCCAGUUUAGAGAACCGUCUGAAGAAACUGAAAGGCCAGUCCAGUGACGUGACUUCCAGGGAGAUGUUGCGUUCGUUGUCGCAAGCCAAGAAAGAAUGCUGGGACAGAUUCCUGCAUGAUGCACAAACGUCUGAGCUCUUCCAAGGCACUGACAUGGACGAGAGUGCUCUUGAACACUUCAAGAGAUGGUUGAUUCCUGAGAAGGUGGCCAUCAGUGCAGAGGAGCUGGAAUAUCUCCUGAGACCACCUCAGAAGAGCAAUCCGGGUGGACCAGAGCAGUCACAGAGCGAGGAGCAAAUGGAGGAAGAAACAGACAACAGAGAGGAAGAUGACAUGCACAGCCCAGAGAAAUGACUCUUACAAAUAUUAAUACAGACACAGAAGCAAACUUGGAGCACAUUCAGUGCUCAUUUCAAGCCGUAUUAUGUCAUUGUAAGUUUUUGGCCAAAGCUUUUGUCACCAGCGGCUACAGAAGUAAUUACAGGCCGUUAUUAUCUUGUGUGUCCUCAGUAACUGAGCAUUGAGUACUUAUCUCAUAAUACAUGUUUUGUUCCCACUGUUCAUAUUUUCAGCCUCACAAAGCAUAUAAAUAUAUAAUAAAAGUGCUGAAAUGAGACACAUUUGUCCUCUUAUAGCAGAAAAACCAGCUCAUCUGUGUAAUGACUUCUUUCUAUAACAGGAAUGGUUUCUCAGACUUAAUGAAGGACCACAUGCAAUAUCAGGUUAAUUAGUCUUGCAUUAUCUUAUUGUAAUUUGCUUUUUUAAAAACCCUGAAGUCUAGAGUAGGGAUGCUGAUGAUGUGUUCUAUAUUCCAUUAACUGUUGUCAUGUUUGUUUUAAACAGAGUUGUAGCGCAUGUGAAUGAAAAGUGAAGGCAGCUCUAUUAAACAUCUCUAUAAAUUGAA